AUGGCAUUGUCAACUAUUCUAGGAGAUGGACCACCCGGUCCGCUUGCUCGUUUAGAGCCGUUGUCUCAAUCCGUGUAUAGGGACCCUGCUCGUACUCUAGGCCCGGAUCUAUCGCCUUUAAAGCGACCGUAUACUCCUGGCGAUCGACCGAUCGGUGGACAUGCAAUUGAACCUUCCCGCUCGAACAGUCCACCGAUGAACAAGCCGCCAUCUUUCCCCGAAACGAGAACGCCACCUUAUCGGCCCGGACCUAGCGUAUCGCGUCCGCGCGAUCCUCACUUCUCGCCACCGACACGCCCGUUAUCCCAACCAACAUUCCCACCGCCGCCCGAAGCUCAUCCUCAAACCCAAGCGCCACCCCCGACCAGCCAGCCUCAUCCUCACCCGCCGAUUUAUCAUCAUCACCAAGAAAGAAUCCCCGAAAGGAUGACCGAAAGGAUGACUGAAAGGGAGCCAUUCCCAUCACAACCGCCUCCUCACCUUCGAGCGCAGAACCACCUCCGUACGAGUUCCUAUCCCGAAAGCCCCUACCAGCGCCAGAUCACAGAACCUCCCCGUCGGGAGCCUACACCCCCUCGAUCUGUACAACCGCCAUUACCACGACACAACCAGGCCCCGAAUGUCUCGCCGCCAAUAUCUCAACAUCUUCCACCUCACCCCCAACCUCACCCAUCACCCUCAUAUCAUCACCCUGCUCCACCUACCUCUUCAACCGCGUCUCUUUCUUUCAAUGCAUAUACUACACAAAUGCCCGAAUCUCCGUUCGCGAUAACACCUGGCUUGUCCAAUCAACAUACAAUAUCUAGCCUUCACCAGUAUGACAACGAUCGCAAAAAGCCCGCAGGAAAUACCUCCAUCGAUGAUCCAGCACAAAUACUUAUCGACCGGUUGCAUGAUUCCAAACACUGGGAACGAGAGCACCCGGACCGGGAAAGAAGCACAGACAUUCCACCACUUCGUGCUGAAGAGGCGCUUGUAAAGGGAUUUCAUGAAAGGAAAUAUCCCGGUUCGUUUGCGAACGAUCAAGUUUCUCAGUCUCCAAAGCUUAAGCGUGAGGUUAUCGUAAUCGAUGAGGUCGACUCCAUCAUUAAGAAGGAUGACGAUGUCGAAAUGGGAGGGAUCGAACUUACCCACAGCCCAAUGAAGCGGGCUGAUGUUAUCCCAGUUGAAAGGGCAGCAAAGAGGCGACGAGGGUAUUAUACCGCUGGCUCAAAUCUACGAUCGGAUAGCACGUUGUCGAACUUGGAGGACGCAGCUGCAGCAUCGCUGUCAGGUACACCAGUCAAAGGCACAACGACUUUCACAUCUGUCAACCCUAGCAAUAGCAAUAGCACCAAUAGCAAUAGCAACAGCAAUAAUCUUCCUGUUAUCCCACCGCCACAGGUAAUCGACAACUCUGAAGUUAUUGCAGAGCUCGAGAAGCAUCAGCGACACCACCUCGGAUCGAUGGUUUAUACCCCCACGGUACUAAAAAAAUCCGGAACCGUAAAAUCUUACAGCCACAUCCCGUUAUUUAUAGAGCGCGAGAAUUGUACAUACCUCAUUCGGAUCCCGUGGUAUUGUCUGUCACUCGAAGAAAGGGAACGGGUGUGUAAGAAGCGAUUGCUGUGGGGUACGGAGGUUUAUACCGAUGAUAGCAAUAUUUUGGCGGUGUUGGUGCACUUGGGAUAUUUACCUGCGGUCAGAGAUGGAGCUGAGGUUGUUGAGUAUGCAUCUGCACAUGAUGCUGUUCUUGCACGACUUUCUGCGCCGAAGAGAAGAGGAGCUGGGAGGUCAAGAGAGAUUGCGGCUGCGGUGAUGGCGGAGGGAGGGGCGCCUAAGACUAGUGCUAGUGUACAACUGCACAAAGAUCUAUUGGUUAAGAUUGUGAUCUGCGGAAAUUUGGGGGAGUAUAGAAGUGUGGUUAAGUAUGGAUUGAAGAGUAGAGGGUGGGAUGGAGGACAUGAUGGUAUGGGGUUUAUGGUUGAGGAUGUUAAGUGGGUUGAUAGCGCCAUUGGGUUUGGGGAUGUGAGAGGUGGGAAGGGAGUCCACGAGCGAUUGAAGAAGUGGGAAACUAUGAGAAAGAAGAAUGAUUUGGUUGAGACGUUGGUGAAUACUACCACCACUGGAAUUGCAAAUGGGAAGGAACGGGGGGUAAAGAAUGUGGGGAGUAGGUGGCUUGUUAAGGAAGUCGUUGAGAAAAAGAAGCAAAAGGAAAGGGAGGAGGAGGAGGAGGAGGAGGAAGAUCAGGAGAAAGGGGGUGUAAAUAUGGAUUUGGAUGUAAAGGAAGGGGAGAAAGAGGUAGUAGUCAAUGGGGAUGCUGUGGCUACGAGUUAA